AUGAGUGAGGAGAUAAAACUGACAAAUUCAGGAGACUUUCAACCUCCAGGAAAUAAUAUCUUGUCUACCCAUCCCACUGAAUCUCAAGAAUUUCAAACCAGGAACAAAAGGAGAUUUUACAUCUUGGAAGUCACCAGUCUCAUCUUCCUUUUGGUGAUUGUUGGCCUGGCAGCAACAUUAGCAGUUGAAAAACAGAAAAUUCCCACUGAUCCCACAUCAUGCCUGGAUGACUGGAUUGGCUACCACCGAAAGUGUUUCUAUUUUUCUGAAAAUACGACAACCUGGGGAGCAAGCCAGAACUUCUGUGCCUCUUACACAGCAUCUCUCGCAAUAUUCAAUACCACAAAAGAACUGAAUUUCCUGAAGAAAUACAAGGGGGUUUCUGACCACUGGAUUGGCCUGCACAGAGAGUCAUCACAGCAUCCUUGGAGGUGGACAGACAACACUGAGAACAACAACUUGGUUCCCACUCGAGGAGAAGGAGAGUGUGCCUACCUGAGUGACAGUGGGAUCAGCAGUGGCAGGAACUACACCCAUAGGAGGUGGAUUUGCAGAAAGCAACUUUUAAGAUCCUUUUCUUAA